ACCAGGACGUGAACUUUGAUGCUAUUCUAGGCGAGCUUUACGAGCUGGAAUCUCAGCUAAACAAUACCCAGAGCCAGCUGUCGAGGUCUUUGGCAUCUGCAAACACUCACCCUCCUUCACCUCCUGCGGCAUUUCAAGAUGGAGGAACUCAAAGCAAUAAGGACAACACCCAUGCGUCAGAACAG